AGAGAGACCCAGCGUCUGCGCACAGUCGCCACGCAACGGGUGGCCCCGCCGGAGGGUUAGGGUUCGGAACAGGAGGGGGCAAUCGCAGCGUCAGUGGAGGGCGGAUGUUGUCUGUGGAUGAAGAGCACGAACCUCGGACAGAAGACGGAGUGAGUCUAGGGCCGAUUAGCAGCAUGAACAACACCCUUCAGGCAGUGGACAUGACCAACACCAUGG